CCUUUAACGGUGAAGGUGCAACAGUAAUCGGUCGUCCCGAGCCCGGGUUCAUCCGACACCCUCACGCAAGCUGAACUCAACCAACACGCAACAUGCCUCCCAAAUUCGACCCCAGCGAGGUUAAAGUUGGUAUGUUUUCAGUGUUACCUGGGUAAUAAAAGCAGAGUCUUGUUCACAGCAAGAUGGAGUCGUUCUCUGACGGCUGUCUCCGUGUCUGCCGGCCUGUGAACGGCCUAAAGAAAACGUGUACAUGAGAUGCACUGGAGGAGAGGUUGGAGCAACAUCAGCCCUGGCCCCCAAGAUCGGACCCCUGGGUCUGUCUCCCAAGAAAGUUGGUGAUGACAUUGCCAAGGCCACCGGUGACUGGAAGGGCCUGAGGAUCACUGUGAAGCUGACUAUCCAGAACAGACAGGCAGCGGUUGAGGUCGUUCCCUCUGCAUCUGCUCUGAUCAUCAAGGCUCUGAAGGAGCCUCCUCGUGACAGGAAGAAGGUCAAGAACAUCAAGCACAGUGGGUCUGUAACCUUUGAGGAAAUUUUGACCGUCGCUCGCACAAUGAGGCCUCGCUCCAUCGCCAGAGAGCUCUCUGGAACCAUCAAAGAGAUCCUCGGUACCGCGCAGUCUGUCGGCUGCACCAUUGAUGGUCGUCAUCCCCACGAUGUCAUCGAUGAUAUCAACGGCGGCAAAAUCGAGUGUCCAUCCGAGUAAAUGCGUGACACCAAUAAAGUGUUCACAAAUGUAA